CGUCCACAUCGCGGAUUCUCAGCCCAGCUGGAGCCUAGCGGUGGCGGCGCCAUGGCGUGCGCGGGGCUUCUGACCGUGUGCCUCAUCCAGCAGCCAGCGCCCCAGCCCCCGCGGCCCCCUACGCCAGCCGCUGGUUCUGCUGGACACGCGCUGUUCCAGGAUGUUUUUCGAAGAGCAGACAAAAAUGAUGAUGGUAAGCUCUCAUUUGAGGAAUUCCAGAAUUACUUUGCUGAUGGGGUUCUCAGCCCUGGGGAGCUGCGAGAGCUGUUCAGCGGCAUUGAUGGGCAUUCCACUGACAAUUUGGAAACGGAGAAACUGUGUGACUACUUCUCAGAACACCUGGGCGUCUACCGGCCCGUGCUUGCUGCACUGGAGUCCCUGAACCGUGCGGUGCUCACUGCCAUGGACACCACCAAGCUGGAGUACGAGCAGGCAUCCAAGGUGGACCAGUUUAUGACGCGCUUCCUACUGCGGGAGACGGUGAGCCAGCUGCAAGCCCUGCAGAGCUCUCUGGAGGGGGCGUCAGAUACACUGGAGGCCCAGGCCCAGGCCCGCGGGCCACGGUCAGAUGAAGAGAGAGUGGAGGUGCAGAGCAGGCCACGUGGCAGCCGGCGGGCAGGGCGCAGGAGCUUGCGGAGCAUCAGCCGGUCACCCACCUGGUCUCCUGGCUCCUCUGACACAGGGCGGAGUUCAGAGGCUGAGAGGCAGUGGCGGCUCCAGGUCAACCGCCUCCAGGAGCUCAUUGACCAGCUCGAGUGCAAGGCCCCCCGGCUGGAACCCCUACGUGAAGAGGAACUUACCAAGGGGCUUGACUCGCAUAUCCUCGUGGCUCAGAGGCAGGUGCAGGUGGCAGAAGAAGCCCUGCAGGACUUCCACCGUGCCCUGAGCUGCUACGUGGACGUCACGGAGGCCCAGAGCCAUUGCUUGCAUGUGUCUGCCCAGAAGAUGCUGGACAAUGCCUCCUUCACCCUGUACGAGUUCUGGCAGGAUGAGGCCUCCUGGAGAAGGCACCAGCAGUCUGCCUGCAGCAAGGCCUUCCAGCGCAUCCUCAUUGACCACCUGCGGGCUCCGGACACCCUCACCACUGUGUUCUUCCCAGCCUCCUGGUGGAUUAUGAAUAAUAAUUGAGCCUGACCUGCAUUAGCCAAGGACCUGGGGCCCUGCCUGCCUCCUUCUGGAGCUUCUGGACCGGUCAAUUCAGCACCAAGACCAAGGACGCUGCUGCUCCUGACCUGGGGACCUGGCUCUCGGAGACCUCCCAGACCAGCCAGUGGAGAGUCUCUCAGCCCAGGGAUCAGGGACCGGGCUGCUUGCUUUCUGUUUCUAUAUUUAUCAGUGUAUUUUAUUUGUAGCUUUGGUCUCUGACGCA